GUUUGUAGCUUAAUAUCUGAUCGAAAUGACAUCUCUUGGAAAAUCGAUAGUUUUUGUAACAUUCGUCAUGCUCCUGACUGGCACAAUUGUCUUUCAGGACUACUGGCAACCUCGUUGCACGAAGCCCUUCGUGGACGUCGGUGGACGUUGCCUAUUCUUCUCCUCCAACAAGGCCCCCACUUAUGAGUACUACAAGGUCACCUACAAAGCGCGAGUUCUCAGCGUACCCGUCAUAAUGGGCUGGCUUCAUGCUUACCUAGGCUGUGAAGCCAUCGAUGACAAAUGCCGACUGGUGACAAUUCGUUCGGUCGAGGAAAUGCGACAAAUUUCGUACUACUUGAAGUACAAGGCGCACGUCGAAACCCAUUCGAUUUUCUGGGUGGGCGCCCAUCGGGGACGCCUGUCCGAUCCCGAAGAUAUUGAUCACAAGACCCUGCACGAUUUCUACUGGCACAAUGACGCCAAGCCGAUGAACUUUACCAACUUCAAGAAGAAGGAGCCCCCAAAGAAGCCUUUCGGCGAUGGCUACUGUGUCUACACGGAGUUUACGGGCACCGAACUGGUCAUGGGCGUGGACAGUUGCGACAAGAAGAUGGCCUUUGUCUGUGAAUUGGACCCAACUUUACCCAAAGGAGAAAACCCGUUCCACAACAGAGACGCCAAUGUAAAUCUAUAGAG